AUGAGCGACUCGUUGGAUUUGAAGGGCUUUGCUGAUCAGCUUAACGCUGCUUACAGAGACUAUGUCUACAAGAAAACCAAGAAGGAUUACAAGGAGCUGGUGAACAGUUACAGAGAUACGGUGAUGAGAAGUCCCCUUGGGAAACAACUUCCUUCUUUAUUUGCAUCCAUAAUGAAAUAUGAAGAUCCAGUCGCUCAAGAAGCUGCUCUAGACUCAAUUGACCUGGAGAAGAUCUACAAAGGUGUUGAUGACCGAACUCAAGCUCAAGAAUCCAAGAAGGCAAAAGGUGAAAAGCUUGAUGUUGAAUGGGGUUACACAGAUUUCAUUGUUAUGGAAUUAUUGAAAUGGUUUAAACAUGAUUUCUUCAAAUGGACUAAUGAGCCAGAAGCCACACCAAACCAAGGUAAACCAAGACUGAUAUCUGUUGAAGCACCAAGUCCAGAAGAAGCAAGAGAUGGUAACGCUGGUCGUACAGAAAUUUAUCAAUGUCAAGAUGGUUCAAUAAUACGGUAUCCAAGAUAUAAUGACCCUGUCAAAUUGCUUUCCACUAGGAAUGGAAGAUGUGGUGAAUGGGCAAAUUGCUUUUGCUUGUUACUGAGAGCUUUAGGUAUAAGGACUAGAUACAUUUGGAACGCGGAAGAUCAUGUUUGGUGUGAAGUAUACUCUGAGUCUCAAAAAAGAUGGAUUCAUGUUGACUCUUGUGAAGAAGCCUAUGAUAAUCCAACUUUGUAUAAUAAAGGAUGGGGUAAGCAAAUGAGCUAUGUUUUAGCCUUUGGACUUGAUGGAGUUGCUGAUGUUUCCAAAAGGUAUGUUGUUGAUGAGGAUAAGAAACUUCCAAGAAAUAGAAUAAGUGAAGCUGAUUUACAAAAAAUAUUGAGGUUUUUAACAGUAAAUCAGCGUAAGGAUAGAUCAAAAACUGAAGUUUAUAAAUUAGAAAUAGAAGACUCCGUGGAGCAAAUGGAGUUAUUUGGUAAAAAACCUUUAUAUGCUCAAGGUGAUAUUGUUCAACCUAGACAAAGUGGUAGUGCACAAUGGGUAAACCAAAGGGGUGAAGGUGGAUCUUAA